CCGACCGCCAACUCUCACUCUUCCACGACGCCCGCGAGUACUACUACAGACGCCUCUCUGCUUUACAUAGUGCUAUCCACGUACUCGGCAGCUCGUCUAGCAAUUGUGCACACCAUCACACAUCAUGGUCAAAGAGACCAAGCUCUACGAUCAGCUAGGAAUAUCCUCGUCGGCUGGACAGGAUGAAAUCAAGAAAGCGUACCGCAAAGCCGCGCUGAAAUGGCACCCCGACAAGAACAAGGACAAUCCGGCCGCGUCCGAGAAGUUCAAAGAGGUCUCCCAAGCGUACGAAAUCCUCUCCGACCCCGAAAAGAGAAAGACGUACGACCAAUUCGGCCUCGAAUUCCUCCUUCGCGGCGGCGCACCUCCACCUGAUCCCUCUGCCGGUGGGUCCGGAGCCUUCGACGGUUCAGGGUUCCAAGGCUUUCCGGGUGCGGGAGGCAUGCCAGGCGGCGGUGGUGGAACUCGGACUUUCCACUUCUCGACUGGUGGCGGCGGUGGUGGACCCGGUGGCUUUCACUUCUCGAAUCCAGAGAGCAUAUUCUCGGAGUUCCUACGUGGUGGCGGAGCUGGGGCUACCAUGCAAGAUGAUGAUGACUUUGGCGGAUUCGGCGGUUUUGGAGGGAUGGGUGGGAUGCCAGGUGGAAUGCCAGGCAUGAGCGGGUCCUCGAGGGCGGCGAGAGGGACCAAGGGUUCGAGGUUCGACAGUGGUGGUAGAAGGGCGCCAACGCCCGAGGUGACGGUAGUAGAGAAGCCGUUGCCAGUGAGCCUAGAGGAGCUGUUUAACGGCACGACGAAGAAGAUGAAGAUUAAGCGUAAAACAUACGACCAGGCGACGGGAAAGCAGAGCACACAGGAUCGGAUCUUGGAGGUCCCAAUCAAGAAGGGCUUGAAGGCUGGCAGCAAGAUCAAGUUCUCGGAUGUCGGAGAUCAGGUGGAGGGUGGGACGCAAGAUCUACACUUUAUCGUCCAAGAGAAAGCACAUCCCCUCUUCACCCGCGAGGGUGACGACAUCAAGACCAUCAUCGACAUCGACCUCAAGGAAGCCUUGACUGGCUGGAAACGCACCGUCCAGACUAUCGACGGAAAGCAACUCAACGUCGGUAGCGCAGGCCCUACCUCCCCUACAUACGAAGAUCGCUUCCCCAAUCUCGGUAUGCCAAAGAGCAAGAAACCAACCGAGCGUGGCGACUUUGUUAUAGGAGUACGGAUCAAGUUCCCAACCUCACUCACACAUCAUCAAAAGGAGGCUCUAAAAGGCAUACUAUAAGGGACAAUUUGCUCUCUCGAUUUGCGUUGGGAAUGCCUCUACUCCGCUCCGGACUAUCCGCUUUUCUCUUCCUUCUUUGUUUUCCUACGUUCAGCGGGAGCGGUGCGAAGGCGUUUCGCACAGAAGGAUGGGCGUUCAAAGUUGCAUUGCAUGGGAGGAAGCCUUUUCAAUUGGUUUUCUGAGGGGGCAGGAACGAAGUCAUUUGUAGAUGGCUCGAUGAUGGUAAUGUGGAAUGAAUCAAAAUGAUAGUCUGGCCAGAUGACAACUUGUCUUUGCAUCAUGCAUCCCGUAUUGGGGUUUGAGGUUGUGGGUAUGCCGAGCUACUUGUCAUCUACCGCAUUGCUAAUAAAGCUGUUAGUAGAAAGGCGUACUAAAUCACUACAAACCAAUUUCUCUUUAGACAUACGACUGCCUCGAGGGUACCCAGAAGCGCC